AUGUCUGGGAAUUCUAAUUCCUAUCAUAGUCCAUACUUGGAGGACAACAUCGAUCAAAAUGCUGGGCAAGAUAGUUCCAGUGGUUUUUACGAGGACAACUCUUACUCGCGAAGCGGGUACGGGCCCGAUGAUAUGAAUUCUUAUUGGGACCAUAAAGACGGCUUCGAAACGGAUUCCAAACAUUCAUGGCAACAAAGGUCGCAUUAUUACGAGGACGAGUACUACAGUCAGGAUAGGCAAUCUUAUCUUGAGUAUCACGGCGAAAAUACUGAUCAGGCCAAUUCAUAUCUGCCUAGACAUGACUCCGCUACAUACUCGACUACAACCUCCGAAGCCUUCCGCAACGACGGCUCUGUUGACUACGAUGAGAUCGACUGCUUGCCUCGAGCACACCCGUCACGAGAGCCAUAUCCUGCAUGGGCGUCUGACCCAGAUCUACCAAUAACAGCUGAGGAGAUUGAAGGAAUUUUUAUAGAUCUGGCGGACAAACUUGGCUUCCAACGGGAUAGCAUGCGCAACAUGUUUGAUCACUUUAUGACCCUUCUCGACUCCCGAGCCUCACGCAUGCCCGCCGAGAAGGCGUUGGUAUCGUUGCAUGCAGACUACAUCGGCGGUCACAACGCCAACUAUCGAAAGUGGCACUUUGCGACAUAUCUCGACAUCGAGGCUGCCGAUUCAAAGGCAAGUGACGGCAACGUGCCUAACGAGUCAGAAGAAGCCACAUCGAUUGACGAGAACCUCAAAAUGGCCGAGGAGCGGUGGAACAGUCGCAUGCAGGGUCUGACUCCCCAAAGGCGCGUCAUUCAGCUUGCCCUUUUUCUCUUGUGCUGGGGAGAAGCGAACCAAGUCCGCUUCAUGCCAGAGUGCCUCUGUUUUAUCUUCAAGUGUGCAGAGAGCUUCCUCGACGCCUCAGAGGCACCCGUGGAGCCCGUGGACGAAUUCUAUUUUCUCAAUAAUGUCAUUACCCCAAUCUACCACUUCCUUCGAAACGAAGGCUACAAGAUUCGCGAUGGAGUCUACGUCCGCCGCGAGCGGGAUCACGACAAGGUGAUUGGUUACGAUGAUUGCAAUCAGCUCUUCUGGUACCCCGAGGGUCUUCGACGUAUUGUUCUAAACGAUAAGGCCAGGUUUGUUGACUUUCCAGUCUCCCAACGCUACCUCAAGUUCAAGGAAAUCAACUGGAGCAAGUCCUUCCUGAAAACCUACAAGGAGUCGCGCUCGCUAAUGCACCUCGUCGUCAACUUCAACCGAAUAUGGAUCAUCCACUUGACUAUUUUUUGGUUCUAUACUGCUUUUAAUGUACCGUCUUUGAUCGUUGGACCAGACUACGAGCAGCAGGUGAAUCAGUCACCUUCUAAAGCCAAAGCCAUGUCUGCUGUUGGCUUCGGCGGCGCGAUUCCACCUCUUAUCCAACUUCUUGCGACAAGCGCCGAGUGGUUAUACGUACCGCGGCGAUGGCCUGGAGCCCAACCUGUUGGCUUGAAGAUUGUCAUGUUGCUCGUGGUCCUCGCCCUCAACGUCGCCCCCGGCGUUAAAGUCUUUGUUUUUCCUGGCCCCAAAACGUUAGAUUACUAUCUCGCUAUGGGUCACAUUGCCAUUGCAACACAGUCCUUUGCCUUUUUAGCAAUCAUGCCAUCCGGGAACCUAUUUGGCAACUUGUUCAGGAAGAAGUCGCGUCGCCCGACGGCCAACGAAGUCUUUACCGCAGACUACGCAACCCUGCAUGGAAACAACAGGGUCUUCUCUUACCUUUUCUGGAUGCUCAUUUUCGGUGCCAAGUUCGGCGAGUCGUAUGUCUUUCUCGCUCUGUCGUUCCGGGAUCCGGUCAGGUACAUGUCCAUUAUGGACGUGGAUAGUUGCCAAGGAGACAGGCUUUUCGGGUCGAUUCUCUGCAAACACCAGCCGACAGUACUUCUUGCGGUUAUGAUGAUGACGGACCUGAUCUUUUUCUUCCUUGACACGUAUCUGUGGUACAUUCUUGUCAAUACGGUCUGUUCCGCGCUGCGCUCCUUUUACAUUGGCUCUUCGAUCUGGAGUCCAUGGCGAAACAUUUUUCAACGCCUUCCCAAGAGGAUCUAUCUCAAGGUCCUGGCCACGCGUGAGAUGGAAGUCCGUUAUAAACCCAAACUGCUGAUAUCCCAAGUCUGGAAUGCCAUUAUCAUCUCCAUGUACCGCGAACAUCUCUUGUCAAUUGAGCAUGUGCAGAAGCUCCUCUAUCAUCAAGUGCCUUCGGACAGGAUCGGCAAACGGACAUUACGAGCGCCAACUUUCUUCGUUGCUCAAGGUGAUCAUUGGUUUGAGAGUCAAUUCUUUCCUAAGAAUAGCGAGGCCGAACGCCGCAUUUGCUUCUUUGCUCAAUCUCUAUCGACACCUAUCCCAGAACCAAUGGCCGUGGAUGAAAUGCCAACCUUUACCGUUAUGAUCCCGCAUUACAGCGAGAAUAUCUUAUUUUCACUCCGAGAGGUCAUUCGCGAAGAGGACCAGUACUCCCGCCUAACGAUGCUCGAAUAUCUCAAGCAACUAUAUCCCCAUGAAUGGGCUUGUUUCGUCAAAGACACAAAGGCGUUGGCUGGGGAUCAUGAUUCGUCUGAGGGCUCUGACUCUGACGCGGCUAAUCAUAGCCGUCAAGUUAACAAUCUCCCUUUCUAUUUCCUUGGCUUCAAGUCAUCCGCCCCAGAAUACGCGUUGAGGACUCGAAUCUGGGCUUCCCUACGGGGUCAGACCUUGUAUCGAACAGUGUCAGGCUUUAUGAACUACAAUCGCGCCAUCAAGCUACUCUAUCGAGUGGAGAACCCAGAUAUGGUCCAGCUCUUCCAUGGACAUGGAGAGAGUUUAGAACGCGAGCUUGAACGCAUGGCCAGACGCAAGUUUCGCAUAGUUGUAGCGAUGCAGAGGUAUGCCAAAUUCAAACAGGAUGAGCUGGAAAAUGCCGAAUUCUUGCUACGUUCCUAUCCCGAUAUUCAGAUUGCAUAUCUCGACGAAGAGCCAGCUGAAAAUGAGGGAGACGAGCCACGUAUUUAUUCGGCCUUGAUCGAUGGGCAUUCUGAGUUACUCGAAAAUGGUAUGAGGCGCCCGAAAUUCAGAGUCCAGUUAUCCGGCAACCCUAUCUUGGGCGACGGAAAGUCUGAUAACCAAAAUCAUGCCUUGAUUUUCUAUCGCGGCGAGUACAUUCAGCUCAUUGACGCCAACCAAGAUAAUUACCUUGAAGAAUGCCUCAAGAUCCGCAGCGUCCUCGCAGAAUUCGACGAGAUAAGUACCGUCUCUGGCUAUAGUAACGAUGCCAAGGAAGAAAUCCCUGAACCUAUCGCCAUCGUGGGCACUCGGGAAUACAUCUUCUCUGAGAAUAUCGGAAUCCUGGGCGAUAUCGCUGCCGGCAAAGAGCAAACCUUUGGUACUCUUUUUGCACGUACUUUGGCCCAACUAGGCGGAAAGCUACACUAUGGCCACCCCGACUUUCUAAAUGGCAUCUUUAUGACAACCCGAGGUGGCGUCUCCAAGGCUCAGAAAGGCCUCCAUCUGAACGAAGACAUCUACGCUGGUAUGAACGCAGUUAUACGCGGCGGCCGGAUUAAACAUUGUGAAUUCUAUCAAUGUGGUAAGGGCCGGGACCUAGGCUUUGGUUCCAUUCUCAAUUUUGUUACCAAGAUCGGAACAGGCAUGGGGGAACAAAUGCUCUCGAGAGAAUACUACUAUCUCGGGACACAGCUUCCCCUUGACCGCUUCCUGUCGUUUUACUACGCGCAUCCUGGAUUUCAUAUCAACAAUAUUUUUAUUAUGGCUUCGGUUUACAUGUUUCUUAUCAGCCUUCUUAAUCUCGGCGCGAUUCGGCAUGAAACUAUCAGUUGCAAGUACAACCGGGACGUCCCAAUCACAGACCCAUUGUUCCCUACAGGCUGUGUCAAUACCGACGCUUUGAUGGAUUGGGUCUAUCGAUCCAUCUUGUCCAUCUUCUUUGUGUUUCUCAUGUCUUUUGUUCCUUUGACUGUGCAAGGUUUACUGGAAUCUGAUCCCUGGCGAGCAGCCCUCCGCUUUAUCAAACACGUUGUCUCUUUGUCCCCGUUUUUUGAGGUGUUUGUGUGCCAAGUCUAUGCCAACUCGGUACUACAGAACCUCUCUUUCGGAGGUGCCCGGUAUAUUGGCACGGGACGAGGGUUUGCUACGGCUCGGAUUCCAUUCAGUGUCCUAUAUGCACGUUUUGCUGGCCCAUCCUUGUAUUUUGGCUCGAGGCUAUUCUUGCUGCUCCUAUUUGCAACAAUGACAGUGUGGCAGGCAGGUCUGGUGUGGUUCUGGGUCACCGCAUUUGGCCUCAUAUUUUCACCUUUUCUUUACAAUCCUCACCAAUUUGCUUGGGACGACUUCUUCAUCGACUAUCGUGAAUUCCUCCGGUGGCUGUUCAGAGGACAUGCUCGCUUCCACGGCUCGUCGUGGAUCACCUUCUGCCGCUUAUCCCGGAUCCGAAUCACCGGAUUCAAAAAGAAGAACCUGGGCGACCCUUCCUCUAAGCUCUCUGGGGAUAUCCCUCGCGCCCCUUUUCUUUCUAUUCUUUUCAGCGAGAUUUUGCUUCCAUUGUUGUCGGUUAUUAUGACAACACUGCCAUAUCUCUACAUUAAUGCACAGACAGGCGUGCUCGCAGAGAAUAAUAAGGGAUCCAAAAUUAGACCCACAGAUUCUCUCAUUCGUCUUUUGAUCAUGGCCUUCGCACCAAUAGCCAUCAAUGCCGGGACGUUGGCUGUCAUGCUAUGUCUUAGCUGUCUUACAGGACCUCUCCUUGGUCUCUGUUGCAAACAGUUUGGCAAGGUCCUAGCAUCUAUUGCAUAUAGCAUAUCAGUCUUUGGAUUAAUCAUUUCUUUUGAGGCAUUUCUCUUCCUUGAAGGAUUCAACUUUGUCAGAGCCCUUGCUGGAAUGAUUGCCGUUGCUUCGUUGCAGAUGUUGAUACUCAACAUCAUCAUCUCAGUAACAUUGACUAGGGAGUUCAGGACCGCCUCUUCCAACUCGGCCUUUUGGACAGGGCAGUGGUACUCUUUAGGGCGCCAUUCUGUCACUGCACCAUUCCGGGAACUCGUCUGUAAGAUCACAGAGUUGAGUAUGUUUGCGGCCGACUUUCUAUUUGGGCAUCUGCUUCUUUUCGGAAUGCUGCCGGUUAUACUCAUUCCCGGCAUCGACAAAAUUCAUACCACCAUGCUCUUUUGGUUACUUCCAAGUAAACAAAUACGCGGACCAAUACAUUCGAUGAAGCGAUCAAAGCUGAGGAAGCGGCGGGUCAUUCGGUUCGCGAUCGUAUACUUUUUCUUUCUGCUUUUAGGAAUUGGCCUCAUUCUCGCACCUUUGCUGGCAGGCAAGUACAUCCCUGCCAGUAUUUCCAACGUCUUUGACGACGUGGCUGGGUUCCGCCUACUGCAACCUCAUGGCCAAGACAAUGACAACACAAACGGGACCCAGCAGACCGGUACUGGUAUGGUUGGCUAUACUGGAGCUGGGUUUACCUCUGGCACAUCAGGACAUGCAUUGACAGCAGGAGUUACGGGUAAAAUUAAACUUUUUUAA